AUGGGUUCUGUUAAACAAAGAUCUAUUCAUCAGAAUGAGAAGGUUGAAUGCUUUUAUCCGAGGUUUCUGAUGUUAUUUUUAAAUGAUAAGAUGAAUGAGGCUGAUAGGAACAUGUAUGUCGAUUCUCCUGUGGUUCCUAUUCAGAGGACUUGUGCUAAGAUUCAGACCAGGCUGGUCAACAAGAAGAAGCAUGAGAAUGUGCCACUGGUUGUGACUCCUUUCAUGCUGGAGCAGUUUAGUGCUCCAUUUCAGCCUGUUCAAGUCCCUGAACCUCUACAACAGCAUCAAUAUCAACAACAACAACAACAGCAACAGGCUCAACCAGAAAUACAAGAACAACAACAACCACCUCAACAAAACCUCCAACCACUACAACUCAUCCAAGACUACCAAUCCUCCAGCCAAUCCUCACACCACUCACCAUACAACCCUCCAUACAACUCACCAUAUCAAUCACCUUACCAAUCACCAUACAACUCUCCUCGCCAAUCUCAAAACCAAUCCCCUCCCCACUACAACUUUUUCCCUGAACAACAAUCAUCAAUCUUUCCUUCACAGUCUGAACCUAUACCUUCACCUACCCAUACACAUCACAUUCCCCAAACACAAUCCACCUCUCAACCCCUGCCAUCGGAUUCUGCUAUCAAUCCAGAGCUACAGGACUUCAGGACUGACUUACAGGUAGCUCAGGGAACUAUGGUUGUAUAUACAGGUUCUGGUGACAGUGUGAAAAAUACGAGUGAAAUCAGGCAAACACCGAGCGAAACACAUGCACGCGAGGAUAGUGACAAAUCUUUGAGUGUUCGUGAGGUGAGUGCACACACCAACACAGAUCUGUUACAGGAACAAAUGGCUGCUCUAAAAGCUGAAAUAGAAAGGUUGAAUGCUGAGAAUGCAAAGUUCAGAAGUGGAGAGCUGGUAACUCUACAGGAGAAAGUUGUUGAUACUUCCUUUACUUCUCUGAAAAAGGAAAUGGACGAUCAUGUCAAGGGUAUCCACUCUAGGAUGGACAAGUUUGACAAGAACCGGGAGCUCUGUAUGACAAAGCUUGAUGGCUUGGAGCAGACUUUAGCUCAAGUUGUUCAACACUUGAAGAUCAAUCAGUCUACAUCUCAGUCUACUCCAGAGGAUCCCUCAACUAAGGGGGAGAAGGAUAAGGAAGACUCUUCUGAAGCUGAUAGAAGUUAUGAAAGGUCAAAAGUCAAAGAGCCGUUACAUCAUUCUGAUAAUGUCUUCAACACUGACAAUUAUGAUGAUUAUCCGAAAGACAUGGAUGAUGAUGACGUCUUCGAUGCUACCCAUCGUCAGGCUAAAGAAGAAGGUAAAUUUGAUGAAAGUUAUUUGUUUCAGGAAGAACCUGUUGAUCUUGAACACGAGGAGAAUAAAAUCUAUGAUGCUGCGAUCAAGAAGAAGAAUCUUGAGAUUAAAAGAAAGGAAGGAGAAAGCUGGGACAUUGCAAGAAGGAUCUUUGAUGGACCUCAAAGGGAACCUUUCGAUGACAGAAAGUUCUUAUCUCUGAUUUAUGAUCUCCGAGAGGUAAACCCUGAUGAGGAUGUCUUUAUGCAUGCCUUUGCUUUAGAGUUGGAAUAUUUAACUGUUGCAGCUAAGGGUUUUCUAGAAGAAUGA